CUGGACAGCAUGACAAGGAAGAAAAAUUUAGGUGGAGCUGAAGCAGACUGAGGCAAAUAAGACCCAGCUCUUCCUUCAGUUCACAUCCUAGGACGAUGGAUGGCAGGAUUCUAGGGAAGAGGCAGAAUAUUUUUUUUCUUUUGGUUUUGUUAGGAAGAAUAUCUGGGGGGAAAACACUGUCACUUAAUGGCUUGCCGGCUACAGGCAAUGUGACAGAAAAUUCUUCAGCUUAUGUUUUGGUUUAUACGUUUAGUGUUACUUUAUCACCAUCACCUUCUGAAGUGGCUCCAGGAUAUCCUUUAAUAAUAAACUCAAAUCCACUUACAAAAGCUUUUCGGAUUGAUCCUGGAGCUACACAUACUUACAAGGUUGUUACCACUGGAGAUCCUGUUCUAGAUUAUGAAACUAUGCCAAACAGCUUUGAUUUGCAGAUUUAUGUUAAUGAUACAGCUGGGGCAAGUGACCUUCAAAUACUUACUGUCCAAAUAACAGAUGUUAAUGAACCUCCUGUGUUUCGUGGCAAUUUGGCAGACCAAACUGUAAUGAUUUAUAUCUUGGAGGGAAAUAGAACGCCUCCUGGAGUUAUUUACCAGAUUGAUGCAUCUGAUCCCGAACAGUCACAACUCACAUAUUCAUGUACUCCUGUGUCAGAGUCAUUCACUGUCUCUCAAACUGGAACCAUUUCUUCCACAAAAGAAUUUGAUUUUGAGAGCGAUCCGCAUACUUAUGUGUUAAACAUAACAGUGACAGACCGCCUAGGGCUGAGCACUACCAGGACAGUGAUAGUCAACAUCAUUAACACUAAUGACGAAACACCUUACUUUACCACGAAAGACAAAGUCUACAGGAUUCCAGAGGAAACCAGCCCAGGAACUGUUGUUGGCAAUAUAACAGCUAAAGAUCCAGAUGGUGAAGGCAUUGUCAGCACACUUGUCUACAGCAUCAGUCCACCUAAUAUGCAUUUCUCCAUAAAUCCAUUCACUGGUGUGAUUUACGUGGCUAUGCAAAUAGAUCGAGAUGCUGCUCCCUUACGGCUACAUCCUAACAUCUCACUGGUCAUUCGUGUGGAGGACAAUCCCAGUGGUGGACAAACGAAUGAAAUGGAGAUAACAGUCAUUAUUGAAGAUCUCAAUGACAACCCACCAGAAUGUAGCUUCUACAACUUCAGACUUGAGGUAUAUGAAACAGCCACCACUGGGACACUUCUUGACCUGCGAGAUCACUGCCAGGAUAUAGAUGUUGAACCAUCAAAUAAUGAAUUUAACUUCACUGGAUUGUCUGGACUUGGAAGUAACAAAUUCACACUGAAUCCAUCUGACUUGGGAAGAAUUGUGUUGAUUGGAGAUCUGGAUUUCGAAAAUCCAGAUAAUCUAGCAGUUGAGGAAUAUACUUUGACAGCUGUGGUGCAAGAUAUUGCCCAGCCUUACUAUACUAAUAAUAUCUACAUUUACAUCAAAAUAACUCCAGUGAAUGAGUUCUUCCCAGUCUUCAAUAGCCCAUCAUACGUAUUCAAUGUUUCAGAGAUUACUCGAGCUGGAUCCAGCAUUGGAGAAGUGAGGGCAACAGACAAGGAUUUACCAUUUACUGGAAUCACAUAUUCCAUUGUAGCUGGAGGAGGUACCCUUUCUUACACAAAUAUAUUUUGGAUUGACCCAAAUGAAGGAAAUCUGGAGAUUAUAGCAACAUUAGACUAUGAAACAACGCAGAAGUACAUCCUCACAGUGCAAGCUUCUGACACAGAGAAGCUUGCUACAGUGUCCGUAACCAUUAAUGUUCUUGAAGUAAAUGAUGAAAAACCAGUUUGUUCAGCCAAUACCUACUCAUUGGCAAUCCCGGUAGACCUAACUGUUGGGACCAACAUUGAGGGUUUCAGGAUAGAGUGUGUUGAUCGCGAUUCUAGUCCCAGAUCUUUCCGGUACUUCAUUAAUUCAGGUAAUGUGAAUAAUCAUUUCACUUUUUCACCAAGCGCUGGCUCCAACAUCUCUCAGUUGAUUCUUGCAUCUAGAUUUGACUAUGACAGUGGUUUGGAUACAAUCUGGGACUACAGACUGCACGUCUACAUAACAGAUGACAAUUUGCUGUCGGGUUCUAACAGAGCUACAGCCCUCAUUGAAACUGGGACAGUGACAUUAAGCAUCAAAGUUAUCCCAAACCCAACUACUACCACUACUACUACACCUGCCAUUACGCUUCUGAUCAGAACAGAAAACGUUUAUUCUGAAUCAGCUUGGUAUGUGCCAUUCCUCAUUUCUGUUGGCAGCAUGCUACUACUUGGACUCCUUGGAUACCUAUCCUUCCUGCUGGCAAAAUAUAUCCGUACCUACUGUCCACCAAAACCCAAAGCAGACAAAAGACCACUGAAAAACACACCAGAAAAGAAGAAAGUUAAGAAAGAAGAGGUUUGGGAAAUGACCAAGAUAAACACUGUCUUUGAUGGAGAAGCCAGAGAUCCAGUCACUGGCAAAAUGUAUGAAUACAAUUCAAAAUCUGGGGCCCGAAGAUGGAAAGAUACAAAGGAAUCAAUGGAGCCAGGAAUAAAGGAUCCACUUGCACAGGAAAUGACCAAGAUAAACACUGUCUUUGAUGGAGAAGCCAGAGAUCCAGUCACUGGCAAAAUGUAUGAAUACAAUUCAAAAUCUGGGGCCCGAAGAUGGAAAGAUACAAAGGAAUCAAUGGAGCCAGGAAUAAAGGAUCCACUUGCACAGGUAAUUUCAACUGCCUCAGCAAACAGCAGUGAAGGGAAAGACAGAACAGGGACUGCAAGCAAGCAAGAAGCUGGAACAACUGGCAGAGAGCUGGCAGCAGAGAAUAACAUGGCAGCAAAGCCCUCAGAAGGAAAGGCAGAAACUUCUAGCCAGGAUAGCCUGAAAAUACACAAGCCAAAAGAUGGAGUUGGGGGCAGGGGAUCAUCCUCACCAGACAGAUCACCAGUGCCCUCUCCCAAAAUAUACCCUCAGUUACAGCCAAAACCAGCCUCAAAGAAUGGUGUGAAGAUUUUGGGAGCCAUCCCAAAACCUUCUCUCCGUCACUAGAACGUUAACAGAUUCCACAGACAAGAGGGGCUUGUGCUUCUUACUCAACACCUUUCUUAGUGUGUGGGAUGUGGUAAAUGGACAGUACGAUGUAAAUUACACCCAAAUGUAGAGCCACGUUGUCCCUGCGCCUGUGUGGAUGUGUGAACUUGGGGGAAAGAGGGAAGGGUACAAUGAGCUUCUCCAUUCCCGUGUGUGUCACUCCACAUAGGACCAAACCAUAAAUGCAAUCCUCAUGCUCCCCACAACACAAAAACUGUUGGCUAAUGCAGCUAGAAGCAUGAGCCACCCCAGCAGAGUGGGCGGGAGGUGAGGCCAUGGCCAUCUUAGGACAUGUAGCCACUGGCACACUCUGAGUGUGUGCGUGUACGUGAGUGUGUGACCCACACACCUCCUGGGUGUGAUAAUCUGUCCCAUCUAGGUGGUACCAUGACCACUUAGAGAGACAGAGAUUAAUGAGACUAUUCUCCAGCCUUAGCUAAGGGGCAUAUGGCUUUUAGCUCAUGCAUUUAGCGCAAGAGGUCCCCUGUUCAAUCCCGUCCACCAACAACAGUGGUCUGUUGGUGUUACAUGCAUGCGUGAGAGAGAGCUUCAGAAAGUUUUGUGUCACUAUUCUGCCUCACCAUGUGCCAGUACCUGAAAGGCAGAAUUGCACCCAGAAUUGCAUUAAAAUGAUGGGGGGUAGGGGAUGUAAAUGUGAACAAGGGUUGUCACACGUUUUUAUGAAUUGAAGUGGAAACAAGUUUGUGUCUGAACUUCCCUCUGUCAUGGUGGAGGAGUCCCAAACACAACAGAUGUGAGCUCAUCUAAAAAUGCCAGAAAGGCACAAAAUGAAGCUGACUUUAAAAAAAAAAGAAAAAGGAAACUGAACAAGUUUGUUUCAUUGUCCAAACUGAGUGAAUGGCUAAAAGAAAAUCAUCAUCAUAAAGAAAGAAAUGCAAGUUAGAAUUUACACAUUCAGUUUAAAUAGUCUAGUAUUUUGUUGGUAAAAGCUAAGUGCUUUUCACGCAGGAUUUUUAUCUGUACCCCAUCCUUUGUGACUUAGAAAUGAAUAUGUUUUGAAAAUAUUUUUGAAUGGAAAAAUCUCUAGCUUCUUUUGUUGUAUUAGGUCCUCCUGUUACAGUUCAUAGUUUAUUUUGCUUUUGUAACUUUAUUACUGUUCAAUUUCAUCAUGUUCUGUGCUUUUUGUAUUUUGCAAAAUCAAGCUGAAUAUACCCAGAAGAAAAAUGAUUUCGUAAUGUAUGUUACAAAACUGGUCCAGUGUGAUAAUGUAUGAUGUUUAUGCUGUGCACAAUACUGAAACAGGAAAAAAAAAAGUGUUACAUCAUUGCAAGAAAUUGCUAGUUUGCAAACAAAAAUAUUUAUGAAUAAUGAAUUAAUUUUCAGAAAUCCUCUGCCUUUU